GUGACCAUUUUCAGAUGACAAAUUAUGUGAAUUUUUAAACAUUGGACAAAGUAUGGGUCAAACUCAAAGUGAAGAAGAAGAGGAAGUGGCUCUUGCUGAUAUCCAGCCUCUUUACACAGUGUUCAUGAAUGUGUGCCCAAGUGGAGCCCUACAUCUUCAUGAAUUCCGCAAGAUCUUUGGAGUUCAGAGCACAUCAGAAGAUGAGGCCUUGUACAUGGAAACAAUAUUCAAAUCCUUUGAUACAAACAGGGAUAAUGUAAUAGACUUUAUGGAAUUUGUAGCAGCCGUCCACCUGGUAUUGAGAGGAAAACUGGAGGACAGAUUGAAGUGGUCUUUUAAAGUCUAUGACAGAGAUGAAAAUGGAAAGUUGGACCGACAAGAGGUCAAGCAUAUUAUAAGGGUAAUUUGCAAACUCAAGAAAAAAGACAUAGGCAUGGCACCCAGUGAAAUUUGUGACAGAAUAUUUGAACUUGUGGAUGAAAAUAAAGAUGGUCAGAUAUCCCUGUCAGAGUUCAUGGAAGGUGCACAGAAAGAUGCCUGGAUUAUGGACUUACUCACAUUGGAUACCAAUGCACGUGGAUGGUUCAGGGAAAACUGGGGGAAAAAAACAUGAAUUGAAACAUCAAAAUCUGGUUGCCCUUUUGCAAUCUUCUAAAUGCUGGGGUCUACCAACUGGAGAGACCUUGUACGGAGGUCAGAAAAUAUUUGUCUUCUGUCACAAGGUUGCAUGUGUCUCAAUGCAUAGUGAUCAUGUUGAAUAUUAUGUGCAACCAGUCUGAAUAUGUUAAAGCAGAAUUGUCUAUUGUCACAGUGUUGUGCUGGCUUGAAGAAGAUGAGGAUCUGAUGUAUAUAAUCAUGCCAAAACUGGAUUAUGGAUUUUGCAGUGCUCUGAGGAAUACAUAAGCAGCAUGGACUCAAUGACUGACAUAAUCAAGAGGCGAAAACCUAUGUUGAAAUGUGUGUUCGGUUCAAAGAGGGGACUAUAACUAUUAUUUGUUCUGUAGUCAAUUUUAAUAUUAAUCCAUAAAUAAUAAUUUUUCAUUUAUUUCAUUUUUAGCAAUUAUGUAACAAUCAAACUGUGUUCAGGCCUGCACACUGGGACUUGCAAAGGCACUUUUGGUAACAUGUAUUAUUUUUGAAUUAUUUAGAAUGAAUGAAUGAGAAUGUUACAGUGAGGCACUUACAAUAGAAGUGAAUGGGGCUAAUCAUUGGAGGGUUUAUUGUCAGAAAUGUGAAGCUUAUAAUUUUACAAUUGUUACAUCAAUAAAUCCAUUCCUAUAAAACAACUGACAAUAUAACAUUUUAUGAUAUGAAUGUAUUUCAAUUCAUUUGUAAAAUAUUCCAAAUAUUUUAAUUUAACUAUUAAUUACGUUUUAAUUAAGCUUUCCAUUUAUUGCCAGCCAGUAAUUGUAAGACAACAUAUUCUGAAAGCUCAGAGCUUGGAUAAUACAUACCGGUAACUGUUGAAAAUGAGAGCCAUAAUCAAACACAUUCUGCAGAAAACAGCCUGG